AUGGCCUUGGCUCCCUCCACAACUGCUGAUUACUGCAACUGGGAUCCGGACGACGCUUCUUUCCCGGAAGAAUUUGCGUGGGGGGCCUCGACAGCAGCCUAUCAGAUUGAAGGAGGCUGGAAUGCGGACGGAAAAGGCCCCAGCGUUUGGGACACGUUCACCCACCGGGCGGGAGAGCGGGUUUUUGAGAACCAGACUGGCGACGUCGCUUGUAGCAGCUACGCUCUGUGGGAGGAAGAUUUGAAAUGUAUCAAACAGCUUGGCUUGACUCAUUAUCGCUUCUCUCUUUCCUGGUCACGUCUGUUACCUGAUGGGACGACAGGUUUCAUCAACCAGAAAGGAGUUGAUUAUUACAACAACAUGAUUGACAGCCUGCUAGCCAACAGUGUGACACCCAUGGUUACAUUGUAUCACUUCGACUUGCCACAGUGCUUAGAAGAUCAGGGUGGCUGGAGAUCGAGUGUGACCGUGGAAGCCUUCGAGGCAUAUGCCCAGUUUUGCUUCAAAACAUUUGGAGACAGAGUGAAGCUGUGGAUCACCAUAAAUGAACCUUAUGUCGUUGCAGAGCUUGGCUAUGAAAAAGGCACCAUGGCCCCAGGCGUUAAGGAACCUGGUACUGGAGCAUACCUGUCCGCUCACAACAUGAUCAAAGCGCAUGCCGCAGCCUGGCAAACUUAUGAUAAAGAAUUCCGGAAACGGCAGGGUGGACUUGUGUCUAUAGCUCUCAACUCGGACUGGGCAGAACCCUUGCAUCCGAAUUCCCCUGACGACCAGGAAGCAGCUAAGAGGCACAUAGGAUUUUGCCUGGAUUGGUUUGCUACCCCAAUCUUUCUGAACGGUGACUAUCCAGACAUCAUGAAAUCCAAGAUCUCUGCCAUCAGUAAAAAGCAAGGCUAUCCGUCCUCAAGGCUUCCAGAAUUUACCGAGGAAGAGAAGAUGGCAAUCAGAGGCACUGCUGAUUUCUUUGCUGUGAAUUAUUAUACUGCUCGCAAAAUUAAGCACCAGGAUUAUGCAUGUUGUCAGCCAAGUACAACGGGAGACAAAGAAGCAGAGCAAGUAACAGAUCCGUCUUGGCCUGUUGCAACUGGCAGCUCUUGGCUGGCUGUUGUUCCAUGGGGGUUGCGCCACCUGUUGAAAUACAUCAAGGAUACAUAUAAUCAUCCUAUAAUUUACAUCACCGAAAAUGGGUUUUCCCAAAGUGACCCCGCUCCACUUGAUGACUCUCAACGCUGGGAGUAUUUUAGGCUGACUCUACAGGAGAUUUUAAAAGCCAUUUACAUUGACAACGUCCAAGUGAAAGGCUAUUUUGUGUGGUCCCUACUAGACAACUUUGAAUGGACUUGUGGAUACAGCUCUAGAUUUGGACUCUUCCACGUGGAUUUUGAAAAUGCCGCUCUCCCUCGAGUUCCUUACAAAUCAGCUAUUGAAUAUGCCAAAGUGAUUGCCAACAACAGACUGAUGGAUUCACAGGGGUGA